AUGGCCACAGAAACGAUCAUCCAGGACUUCAUUGCCAAUAAAGUACCAGUGUUUCGAGUGGGAGAGGUGGAAUAUGAGCGUUCCGUUGCGACGGCCAAUCUCCUGUACCGGUUCACUCGACCGGAUUGUGUCGUCCAACCUGAGGGCGCCGGCCAUGUUCAGUUUAUUGUCACACGGGCGAAGGCUCGGGGUGUGUCUCUCACUAUUAAGAAUGGCGGUCACUCUUACGCUGGAUUCUCCAGCACCGACACCGGAAUCAUGUUGGACUUGGUCCGCAUGAAGAAGGUGGAGAUCGAUCGGACAGCAAUGAUGGCCACCCUGCAAGGUGGCUGCCAAUGGGGCCACGCAUACAAACAACUAGUUAAUGAGCGUAUGAAUGGAGCGAUCAUCAACGGUGGACGCUGUCCCACUGUGGGUGUGAGCGGCUUCACCUUGGGGGGUGGUCUUGGCCCGUUCACCCGCCGUUUCGGCAUGGGAUGUGACACCCUGAAGGAGGCGACAAUUGUCACUGCGGACGGUAAAUUAGUGACGGUGAGAGACAGCGAUGACCCUAAGUCAGACAAGGGCAGGCUCUUCUGGGCGCUGUGCGGUGCCGGAGGCGGCAAUUUCGGAGUGGUGGUCGAGUUGAAGCUCAAAAUCCAAGAGUUGGGGAACAGCAAAGGGGAAGUGGUCGCAGGCCGUUUCACCUGGAUGCCCAAGACGGACGAGAUGGAUGGCUUCAUGCAAGCAAUGCUCCGCUUUUACACAACGAACUGGCCAGACCAAAUGACCCUGGAUACCUCCUGGCUCUGCGAUCUAAAAGGAACCUCAAGCGAACUGAGCGUUCGGGUUCUGUCCUAUUUCGAUGGUAGCAAGGACGACUUCGACAAUGUGAUUGACAGAUUUGUGGAGCAACCAGAACUCAAAAAGCAACUGAAACGACGAUCCAUGGCGGAACCAUCCACCCGCUUCCUCCAUGAGACUCUCGUGAGCCAGUGGUCUGAAGAAACCGUGAAGUCUUUCCCGACCAACCGUUCCUACCAGAUCUACACUUCGUUCGUGUUCAAGAGCGACCGAAGCCGAAUGAAGGCUGUUACCGAGGCCAUCCGCAAAGAGAUGCAGGCCUUCCGCCGUCUAUUCAAGGGGGAACAGGGCCUGCUACAAGUGACUUGGAUUCAUUCCGGCGGAGAGGCCAGUAGGAAAAAACGCUCGGCGACCGCGUUCCGCUGGCGUGAUUGCACCUACCACGUUUACAUCAUGUUACAGUGGGAGGAUAAGUGGCUGGAGCGCGACAUGUGGGGUUUCCUUGGACAGUUCAAAAAGGAACUGCAGCCCUACUCGAUGAUGGGACGGGCCGCAUUCAUCAAUUUUCCUGAUCGGACUCUCACCACCGCCGCCCACGAGAAGGUCUACUAUGGAAACAAUCGUCAGGAGCUACAGCGAAUCAAGCAAAUCUGGGAUCCAGAUAAUUUCUUCGAUUGGGGUCAGGGUAUUCAGUCUCCGACAUCUACCCGACAGAACGUGGAGUUUCAGUCCCGGAUCCUUCCCAUAUCGCUCAGCGGUGAGACGGCUGCUGCAGAUGAGGAGGAAGAGGGAGGGGAAGAAGUUUCAUUAGAUGAGAAAGAUCUGACCGAUAAGAUUGCUGGACCGCAGUGGAAGGACGUUGCCCUCCCUCAAAACGCCGUGGGAGGGAGCGGGGUUUUUGCCUUGACGGACUUGGGAUUCUAA